CCCACCCACUCCCUCCGAAAGAAAGAUACCUCCCAUUUGCUCCGUCCCGUCCUUCCUUCCUUGCUUUCAACCUCCAACCUCCCACCCCCGAACCGCUCCGCCCCCCACAUCGCGCAAUACAAAUUCCCCGGAAGCAGCUUCGUUCCUUGCCCUUUUUUUUCUUUUCAACUCUUGUAAUUGUGGAAAUCUUAAAAACAUGACUGACUGGUGCAAGCGAUGGGACAAUGCUGACACGCCCUGGGACAAGGGUCAAGCUAGUCCCGCCCUGGUUGACCUGCUUACCAACCAUGCUGACUUGGUGCCCUCGAAAGGCCAAGGGCUUGUUCCAGGCUGUGGUUCGGGUUACGACGUGGUGCUCCUGGCGACGGACGAGCUCCACAUCACAGGGCUCGACAUGAGUUCGACUUGCGUCCGCUUAUGCAACGAGAAACUAGGCAGCAGCAGCAAUGGCAAAUACGAUUUCCUCUGCGACGACUUUUACAAGUUCAAGAUCCCCGAAGGUGGUUACGACAUAGUCUUUGACUAUACGUUCUUGUGCGCCAUGCCACCCCAUAUGCGCCCAGACUGGGCGUCCCGCAUGGCCGAAAUCAUCAAGCCCGGUGGCACUCUUGUUGCUCUCAUUUACCCACUCAAGGAAAAACCACUGCAACCUCCAUUCACGGUUUCUGUUGAGCUGUACUUUGAGCUCUUGAGCGAGCACUUUGACAAUGUCUAUCUGGAGGAAGCAAAGGGUCAUGGAAGUCGUCUGGGCGAAGAGAAGAUGAGUGUCUGGAAACGCAAAACUUAAUACUACUUUG